CAGGUGACGCAGGAGUGGGGACAGCCCAGCCGCCACCAUGGUCGCCCUCUCGCUGAAGAUCAGCAUCGGCAAUGUGGUGAAGACGAUGCAGUUCGAGCCCUCCACCAUGGUGUACGACGCCUGCCGGAUGAUCCGCGAGCGGGUGCCCGAGGCCCAGAUGGGACAGCCCAAUGAUUUUGGGCUGUUCCUCUCGGAUGAAGACCCGAAGAAAGGGAUCUGGCUGGAGGCUGGGAAGGCUCUGGACUACUACAUGCUUCGCAAUGGGGACACCAUGGAGUACAAGAAGAAGCAGCGGCCCCUAAAGAUCCGCAUGCUGGAUGGGACAGUGAAAACAGUGAUGGUGGAUGACUCCAAAACUGUCACGGACAUGCUCAUGACAAUCUGUGCCCGGAUCGGCAUCACCAACUAUGAUGAGUACUCACUUGUUCGGGAGAUUAUGGAAGAGAAGAAGGAGGAGGUUACUGGCACCCUCAAGAAGGACAAGACCCUUCUGCGAGAUGAGAAGAAGAUGGAGAAGCUCAAGCAGAAGUUGCACACGGAUGACGAGUUGAAUUGGCUGGACCACGGCCGGACCCUGCGCGAGCAAGGCAUUGACGACAACGAAACACUGCUGCUGCGGCGCAAGUUCUUCUACUCCGACCAGAACGUGGACUCGCGAGAUCCUGUGCAGCUCAACUUGCUCUAUGUGCAGGCUCGCGACGACAUUCUCAAUGGUUCCCACCCUGUCUCCUUCGACAAAGCCUGCGAGUUUGCUGGCUACCAGUGCCAGAUCCAGUUCGGGCCACACAACGAACAGAAGCACAAGCCAGGCUUUCUGGAACUCAAGGAUUUCCUGCCCAAGGAGUACAUCAAGCAGAAAGGGGAGCGCAAGAUCUUCAUGGCCCACAAGAACUGCGGGAACAUGAGCGAGAUCGAGGCCAAAGUUCGCUACGUGAAGCUUGCCCGUUCCCUCAAGACCUACGGGGUCUCCUUCUUCCUGGUCAAGGAGAAGAUGAAGGGGAAGAACAAGCUGGUGCCGCGUCUGCUGGGGAUCACCAAGGAGUGCGUGAUGCGCGUGGACGAGAAAACCAAGGAAGUGAUUCAGGAGUGGAGCCUGACCAACAUCAAGCGCUGGGCAGCCUCUCCCAAGAGCUUCACUUUGGAUUUUGGAGAUUACCAGGAUGGUUACUACUCGGUGCAGACGACAGAGGGGGAGCAGAUUGCCCAGCUGAUUGCUGGCUACAUCGACAUCAUCCUCAAAAAGGAGGAGGGGAGGGCUGGGAGGUGUGUGCUGGCUGACACGUUUUCUCUUUCCAUGCUGGAGGACUCCGUGUCACCGAAGAAGUCGACUGUCUUGCAGCAGCAGUUUAACCGCGUAGGCAAGGCAGAGCUGGGCUCUGUGGCCCUGCCAGCCAUCAUGCGGACAGGGGCUGGAGGGCCAGAAAACUUCCAGGUGGGCACGAUGCCACAGCCUCAGCUGCAAAUCACCAGUGGCCAGAUGCACCGAGGGCACAUGCCUCCGCUGACUUCAGCCCAGCAAGCCCUGACCGGCACCAUCAACUCCAGCAUGCAGGCUGUGCAUGCAGCCCAGGCCACGCUGGAUGACUUCGAGACCUUGCCGCCCCUUGGGCAAGAUGCUGCAUCCAAAGCUUGGCGCAAAAACAAGAUGGAUGAGUCGAAGCAUGAGAUCCACUCCCAAGUGGAUGCUAUCACUGCCGGCACAGCUUCUGUGGUCAACCUCACUGCAGGGGAUCCAGCAGACACGGACUACACUGCCGUGGGCUGCGCCGUCACCACCAUCUCUUCCAACCUGACGGAGAUGUCCAAGGGCGUGAAGCUGCUGGCCGCGUUGAUGGAGGACGAGGGAGGCAAUGGGCGGCAGCUUCUGCAGGCAGCCAAGAACCUGGCAAGCGCCGUCUCGGACUUACUGAAAACAGCACAGCCUGCCAGCGCUGAGCCUCGCCAGAAUCUCUUGCAGGCUGCUGGCCUCGUUGGCCAGACCAGCGGGGAGCUGCUGCAGCAGAUCGGGGAGAGCGACACCGACCCUCGGUUCCAGGUAGUGGCUCCCACAAUCAGCUCCCCGGUCUGCCAGGAGCAGCUGAUCGAGGCUGGCAAGUUGGUGGCCAAGUCAGCAGAGGGUUGCGUGGAGGCCUCCAAGGCGGCCACCAGUGAUGACCAGCUCCUGAAGCAGGUUGGGGUGGCAGCCACGGCCGUCACCCAGGCCCUGAACGACCUGCUGCAGCACAUCAAGCAGCAUGCCUUGGGCGGGCAGCCCAUCGGGCGUUAUGACCAGGCCACCGACACCAUCCUCAACGUCACUGAGAACAUAUUCAGCUCUAUGGGCGAUGCUGGGGAAAUGGUGCGUCAGGCUCGUAUUCUGGCCCAGGCCACCUCCGACCUCGUCAAUGCCAUCAAAGCCGAUGCAGAGGGAGAGACAGACCUGGAGAACUCGCGCAAGCUACUGAGUGCGGCUAAGAUCCUGGCUGAUGCCACUGCCAAGAUGGUGGAGGCUGCGAAGGGAGCCGCAGCCCACCCAGACAGCGAGGAGCAGCAGCAGCGGCUGCGUGAGGCAGCAGAGGGGCUCCGCAUGGCGACCAACGCUGCAGCCCAGAACGCCAUCAAGAAGAAGCUCGUGCACAAGCUGGAGCACGCAGCCAAGCAAGCCGCCGCCUCCGCCACCCAGACCAUCGCCGCCGCGCAGCACGCCGCCUCCUCCAACAAGACCAGCAAGCUGGUGCAGAGCUGCAAGGUGGUGGCAGAGCAGAUCCCGAUGCUGGUGCAGGGCGUGCGAGGAAGCCAGUCCCAGCCGGACAGCCCCAGCGCCCAGCUGGCUCUCAUUGCUGCCAGCCAGAACUUCUUGCAGCCCGGUGGGAAGAUGGUAGCUGCUGCCAAGGCCACCGUCCCCACCAUCACGGACCAAGCCUCCGCAAUGCAACUCAGCCAGUGUGCCAAGAACUUGGCCGCGGCUCUGGCUGAGCUCCGCACGGCUGCCCAGAAGGCUCAAGAGGCGUGUGGACCUCUGGAGAUAGACUCGGCACUGGGUCUGGUGCAGAGCCUGGAGAGGGACUUGCAGGAAGCCAAGGCAGCUGCCCGUGAUGGCAAGCUCAAGCCUCUGCCGGGAGAGACGAUGGAGAAGUGCGCUCAGGACCUCGGGAACAGCACAAAAGCCGUCAGCUCUGCCAUUGCUCACCUCCUGGGAGAGGUGGCUCAGGGCAAUGAGAACUACACAGGGAUUGCUGCCCGGGAGGUGGCCCAGGCCCUGCGCUCGCUCAGCCAGGCUGCCCGCGGCGUGGCAGCCAGCACCCCCGACCCGCAGGCGCAGAGUGCCAUGCUGGAGUGCGCCAGCGACGUCAUGGAUAAGGGCAACAACCUCCUCGAAGCCGGUCUGUCCUCACUGGGUUGCUCUGUAGCGUAUCCCCAAGCAUGUGCCAGACCUUCAUCCUCCGUCUCCAUCCUCCUCGCUGCCUCUGCUAACCCCUCUCCCUGCCUCCAGUUCCCUCCCAGCACCAAGAGCUUCCAGGAGGCGCAGAGCCAGCUGAACCGGGCGGCCGCGGGGCUCAACCAGUCCGCCAACGAGCUGGUGCAGGCGUCGCGUGGCACCCCUCAAGACCUGGCCAAGUCCUCCGGCAAAUUUGGGCAGGACUUCAAUGAGUUCCUGCAGGCGGGUGUGGAGAUGGCCAGCCAGUCCCCGAACAAGGAAGACCAGGCGCAGGUGGUGUCGAACUUGAAGAGCAUCUCCAUGUCCUCCAGCAAGCUGCUGCUGGCUGCAAAGGCUCUCUCUGCUGACCCUGCAGCCCCCAACCUCAAAAAUCAGCUGGCGGCAGCGGCACGGGCUGUGACCGACAGCAUUAACCAGCUGAUCACCAUGUGCACCCAGCAGGCGCCGGGCCAGAAGGAGUGUGACAACGCCCUGCGGGAGCUGGAGACGGUGAAGGAGCUGUUGGAGAACCCCACCCAGACCGUCAACGACAUGUCCUACUUCAACUGCCUUGACAGUGUCAUGGAGAACUCCAAGGUGCUGGGCGAGUCCAUGGCUGGCAUCUCCCAGAAUGCCAAGAACAGCAAACUGCCCGAGUUCGGCGACUCCAUCAGCGCCGCCUCCAAAGCUCUCUGUGGGCUGACAGAGGCAGCUGCCCAGGCUGCCUACCUCGUGGGGGUCUCAGACCCCAACAGCCAGGCUGGACAGCAGGGCUUGGUAGACCCCACUCAGUUCGCCAGAGCUAACCAAGCCAUCCAGAUGGCCUGCCAGAACCUGGUGGACCCUGCCUGUACCCAGUCCCAGGUGCUUUCAGCAGCCACCAUCGUAGCGAAGCACACCUCGGCCCUGUGCAACACGUGCCGCCUGGCCUCCUCCCGCACCGCCAACCCUGUGGCCAAGCGCCAGUUUGUCCAGUCGGCCAAGGAGGUGGCCAACAGCACAGCAAACCUGGUGAAGACCAUCAAGGCCCUGGAUGGUGAGUUCAACGAGGAGAACCGGGAGCGGUGCCGUGCUGCCACCGCCCCUCUCAUCGAGGCCGUGGAUAACCUGACAGCCUUUGCCUCCAACCCGGAGUUUGCCACCGUUCCUGCCCAGAUCAGCCCGGAGGGGCGCAGAGCCAUGGAGCCCAUUGUCUCUUCAGCCAAGACCAUGCUGGAGAGCUCUGCUGGCCUCAUCCAGACUGCCCGCUCUCUGGCCGUCAACCCCAAGGACCCGCCGCAGUGGUCGGUGCUGGCUGGCCACUCUCGCACCGUCUCAGACUCCAUCAAGAAGUUGAUCACCAACAUGAGGGACAAAGCUCCAGGACAGCGGGAGUGCGACGAGGCCAUUGAGGUGCUGAACAGAUGCAUGCGGGAGGUGGACCAGGCCUCCCUCGCUGCCAUCAGCCAGCAGCUGGCCCCCCGAGAAGAUAUCUCCCAGGAGGCUUUGCACAACCAGAUGAUCACGGCUGUCCAGGAGAUCAGCAACCUGAUCGAGCCCGUGGCCAGCGCGGCGCGGGCUGAGGCCUCGCAGCUGGGGCACAAGGUGUCCCAGAUGGCUCAGUACUUUGAGCCGCUCAUUAUGGCAGCAAUUGGUGCUGCCUCCAAAACGCCCAACCACCAGCAGCAGAUGAACCUCUUGGACCAGACCAAAACACUGGCCGAGUCUGCCCUGCAGAUGCUGUACACGGCCAAGGAGGCUGGUGGGAACCCCAAGCAAGCUGCCCACACCCAGGAGGCUCUGGAGGAGGCCGUGCAAAUGAUGAAGGAAGCGGUGGAGGACCUGACCACUACCCUGAACGAGGCAGCCAGCGCUGCGGGUGUUGUGGGGGGCAUGGUGGACUCCAUCACCCAGGCCAUCAACCAGCUGGAUGAGGGUCCGAUGGGCGAGCCAGAGGGGACCUUUGUGGACUACCAGACCACGAUGGUGAAGACAGCCAAGGCCAUCGCAGUGACUGUGCAGGAGAUGGUCACCAAAUCCACCACCAACCCGGACGAGCUGGGCAUACUGGCCAACCAGCUCACCAACGACUACGGGCAGCUGGCGCAAGAGGCGAAGCCGGCUGCGCUCACGGCUGAGAACGAGGAGAUCGGCUCCCACAUCAAGCGCCGGGUGCAAGAGCUGGGUCACGGCUGUGCCGCUCUGGUCACCAAGGCUGGAGCCCUGCAGUGCAGCCCCAGCGAUGCCUACACCAAGAAGGAGCUGAUAGAGAGUGCGCGCAAGGUUUCCGAGAAGGUGUCUCACGUGCUGGCAGCUCUUCAGGCUGGGAAUCGUGGGACGCAAGCCUGCAUCACAGCAGCCAGCGCUGUCUCUGGCAUCAUUGCUGACCUUGACACCACCAUCAUGUUUGCCACGGCAGGAACCCUUAACCGGGAGAACUCGGAGACCUUUGCUGACCACAGGGAGGGCAUCCUGAAGACAGCCAAGGCGCUGGUGGAGGACACCAAGGUGUUAGUGCAGAAUGCCACAGCCAGCCAGGAGAAGCUCGCCCAGGCUGCCCAGUCCUCCGUGUCCACCAUCACCCGCCUGGCAGAGGUGGUGAAGCUGGGUGCUGCCAGCCUGGGAUCUGAAGACCCAGAGACUCAGGUGGUCCUGAUCAAUGCUGUGAAGGAUGUGGCCAAGGCACUUGGAGACCUGAUCGGUGCCACCAAGGCAGCUGCUGGCAAAGCUGGCGAUGACCCUGCUGUCUACCAGCUGAAGAACUCUGCCAAGGUGAUGGUGACGAAUGUCACUUCCUUGCUGAAGACAGUGAAGGCCGUCGAGGACGAGGCCACGAAGGGGACGCGGGCGCUGGAGGCCACGAUAGAGCACAUUCGCCAGGAGCUGGCAGUGUACAGCCGUGGUGCUGCAGCCCCUGUGCCUCCCGCCAGGGUCUCCACCCCAGAGGACUUCAUCCGUAUGACGAAAGGCAUCACGAUGGCCACAGCCAAAGCGGUGGCCGCUGGCAACUCGUGCCGGCAGGAGGACGUCAUCGCCACGGCCAACCUGAGCCGACGUGCCAUCGCGGAUAUGCUGCGCGCCUGCAAGGAAGCCGCGUACCACCCAGAAGUGGGGGGGGACGUGCGUCAGCGGGCACUGCGCUUCGGCAAGGAGUGCGCUGACGGCUAUCUGGAGCUGCUGGAGCACGUGCUGGUGAUCCUGCAGAAACCGACUCACGAGCUGAAGCAGCAGCUGGCCGGCUACUCCAAGCGCGUGGCCAGCUCCGUCACCGAGCUCAUCCAGGCAGCCGAGGCCAUGAAAGGGACCGAGUGGGUUGACCCAGAAGACCCCACUGUCAUCGCUGAGAAUGAGCUGCUGGGGGCAGCGGCUGCCAUUGAGGCUGCAGCCAAAAAGCUGGAGCAGCUGAAACCAAGGGCCAAGCCCAAGCAAGCAGACGAGAGCCUGGACUUUGAGGAGCAGAUCCUGGAAGCUGCCAAGUCCAUAGCUGCAGCCACGAGUGCCCUGGUGAAGGCAGCCUCAGCAGCCCAGCGAGAAUUAGUGGCUCAAGGAAAGGUGGGCGCAAUCCCCGCCAACGCAGUGGAUGAUGGACAGUGGUCCCAGGGACUCAUUUCGGCCGAGACAGAGCCCGGCUGGGAGCAGCAGCGCCUGAAAUGGUCAUGA